AUGUUUGCCCUCAAAAAUUCUCCAUUAGCUUCUAAAGCUACCACAAGACUUCUACGCCCUCAAAUUUUGAGUCCUAGAUUCAACAGUACUACUUCGAAAGAUUCACAAGAACAAUUGACAUGGGCUAAUUUCUUUGACCUAAGGAAAAAGGAACGUAGAAUCAAUAUCGGUUCAUCAGCUUUCACAGCCUUUUUGGGUUGUAAUGCAUCGUGGGUUUACCUUUCCACCUUAGAAAUCGAUCCAUUACAACCAAUUAUGGGAUUCGAUCCAUUAAUUGUGAUAUCAUCAGCCAUAGUUGCAUCAGGAUUCUUAGGAUACUUAAUGGGUCCAGUAAUUGGUACUCAGUUAUUCAAAGUGUCAAACAAAAGAAGAUUGACAAGUUUUGAAAUUAAGAAUAAGGAAUUUUUAAGGAAAGUCGUUGCUAAUCGUGUAAAUCCAUCAUCUCAAAGUUUUAGCAAUCCUGUUCCUGAUUACUAUGGUGAAAAAAUCGGCUCCAUCAAGGAAUACAGACAGUGGUUGAGAGAUUGUCAUGCUUACAGGAGGAAAGCAAAGGAAUUUUUGUAA